AGCGGUGGUUACUUGUAAAAAUUGCGAAGAUUGGCUUGUAAUUAGAGAACAACAAUCUGUAAAAGGAAAAAUGUGCAAAGAAGAUGCAACUACUAAAAUGGUCUUGGUUGCAUAUCCGAUUGGAUAUCAAUUCCGGAUAACACUCCGAGAAAAGGAACAAAAGAUGAUUAAGCCCUUUACCUCUGACAUAAUUAGAUGCUUGUAUAAAUUGUAG